CCACUAAUCUUUUUAAAGAAUAACUAAAAUAUUGUAUAAAAUUUUCUUGUCGCUUUUAACGAGAGCACGGUUUUGUUAAACUCGUAAGCUAAAUCAUACUGUUUUGAACUGACAGUCGAUCUAAGAACUAUAGAGUAAAGAAAUGUCCGCUUCAAUUGGAACGUCCAAAAACCAACUCAAUUGUGUCGAGUGCCUGAAAAAUGUGCCUCCUAAAAACACCAAAGUGCUUCCGUGCGGUCAUCUGGUUUGCGGGUCGCCCUGUGCUGCAAAAGUUCUCGCUAGGGCGGGCAAGCGCUGCCCUGCUGAGAAAUGCAAACGUGAUUUGAAAGGUCAGACGGUUGACAGCUUGAGAAAACAAUCUAUCACUGUCACAACUGCAAAUAAAGGAAACGGUGGAUCAGUAUCAAGUGAAGACGCAGCGGACGGUGAAAACAAAAAACAUCUGAGGAAGUGCUCAAAACACCCAAAAAGAAACCUGAAGUUCUUUUGCAGUGGGAAAAACUGCAACGUCAACAUAUGCAUUGACUGCAUGAACAAAGACCACAGCGACUUUUCAAAACACACUGUGGAGCCGUAUAAAGUGCCAGAUCAAGAAUAUGAUAAACUGGACCGAAUUCAAACUUUUAAACAGGAGUGCAGCAAGUUAUUGGACUUGCGAAAAUCUAUUCGGAACGUUAUUGAAAAAAGUUUCAAAUUGGCCGAGAAACAGAAAAAAGUGACAAAGUCUAAAACACUUCAUGAAUACGAAAUGUCGAAACUGGCUUUUGAAAUGUCACUCAAGAAAUUGAGUAUUGAAUUUCAAAUGGUUUUCGACCGGGUUAACUUGCAACUGGAGUCCGUAAACCUCAGUCUGCUUGGUAUCAAGAAUGAAGACCGGGUUCUCUCAGGAACGGCAAAAAGCAUUGAAUUCCAAAAUUGGAAUGACGACGUCCUCCUUGACACAUGGAGUAUAAUCAGCACUAGCCGGUCAUCAGUGUCUCAAAUAUCAACAGCGGAUGAACAUACAGAAAGUGGAGAAAUCGACACCCACGAAGAUUUGGAAAACAUGUGCGAUUGGCAUAAAAAGCGUUUGAGGUAUUAUUGCGUUUCUUGCAAUGCGCCAAUUUGUGUAAAGUGCUGGACUAAAAAAUGCCAAGAUCCCGACACGAAAGAGCACCGCGUGAUACCAUUUGAAAAGUAUCUGGAAUCUCUUGAAGAGUGGCAAGCUCAACUGAUCACUGACUGUAUCAGAGAAUGCAAAGAGCUGGACAAAAUGAUUGACACAUUCAAAAGCUCAGUUAAAAACGGGCAAUUGAAUUCUCUUCCGAAUGAUCUUGAAAAAAUGGGAAAAAAACUCAAGGAAACAAAAGAAAUCCAAAGUCAAAUUAAAGCUGCAAGUGAGCGUUCUCCAAUUGUAAAAAAGAAUUUAACCAGCAUUCAAUUCUCAAAAAGAGUUGGGGCAUACAAAACCGCAAAUAGACCAACCAAAGAAGAAAAAAAUUGACAUAAUUUGAAAAAGAUGUAACUUUGUAUAAAUAUA